CAGAUACUGCCAAGAGCAUACCGUACUUGCACUGGGCAAGUUUUCCAACCAUGUGGAAUCAACAUCUCCAGCUGAACCUCAAGGGCAUGGAAAAAUAUCAGACUCCUUAGCAUGAAUUCUGAUGGGUUAUAAGAGUCCUUGUGAACCUGUCAAUUUCUUCACCCAGGGGACCUAUUUCAUGGAUGGAUUCAGAGAUGACCCCAGAGAUGCGGCUAUGACUGUGUCAUAUGGACUUUAUAUAUGAUAAACAGGAGUAAUUUAACAUAUAGCAAAGAAGGGAAUUUCAUUCCUUGCCAACACCUGAACAAGUCUGAGCAUCCAAGCCUCUAUACCGAUUAUAGAAUGGUGGCUUGAACAGCAAUAGGGCUUCACAGUCUUGGUUGUGAGCAAUGGCUUGGGACACAGAUGCUGGGACUCAGUCACAAGAGGAGAAGGUCAGGACACAGAUGCUGGGACCCAGUCACAAGAGGUGGAGGUCGGGACACAGAUACUGGGACCCAGUCACAAGAGGAGGAGGUCGGGACACAGAUGCUGGGACCCAGUCACAAGAAGAGGAAGUCGGGACACAGAUGCUGGGACCCAGUCACAAGAGGAGGUCGGGACACAGAUGCUGGGACCCAGUCACAAGAGGAGGUCGGGACACAGAUGCUGGGACCCAGUCACAAGAGGAGGAGGUCGGGACACAGAUGCUGAGACCCAGUCACAAGAGGAGGAGGUGGGGACACAGAUGCUGGGACCCAGUCACAAGGGGAGGAGGUCAGGACACAGAAACUGGGACCCAGUCACAAGAGGAGAUCGGGACACAGAUGCUGGGACCCAGUAACAAGAGGAGGUCGAGACACAGAUGCUAGGACCCAGUCACAAGAGGAGGUCAA